AUGUCCGCAUUAGAGACAAUCAACCUCUCUCACCUGCCUGCAUCUUUGCCGAUUCACGUCGGGCUCUAUAGGGAUUUGCAGAACGCGCCUUUCCUUCGGCAACAGCUUAUUUCAGGAAACUCUGAUUUUGAAUAUGCCCUUAUUGACGCGAGCAUGAUCCUGUCAAGGACCCAUGCUCUCUCAGCGGUCUUCCGGGCUGUCAAUGAUUAUAUGAAUGCGCGCCUCAAGUCGCGCAACGUUCACUCGGAGAUAGUCUUCUCUCUCAGCCCUGCGAAUAAUAUUGCUGAUUCUUUCCGGAAAUUCGGCAUCACGGACUCCACGAAAGAUCUACUAGUGGUGAAGGUGUCUGUCACUCCUGAGAUUACCCAUGAGUCAGUGGCAACACACCUCGGAGCUUCCAUCGAAGGCUCUGCCGUGCCAUUCAAUGACGAAACACUUGCCGCAAUUUCAGAUGUCGCAAAGAUUAAGAAGGCUUACAAGCUAGGUAGCUUGGCUCCUACACCUGCAAAGACGAAUGAUGUCGAGAAUCACGAGAGACGACGGUUGGAGACUGCCCUUUUGGGAGCUAUUGCGUUGCGAGGAGCACUAUGA